AGCGUUUAAAAUUACUGAUUUAAAUGGUUCAAGUAUGACAUCAGUCGUUGUGUAAUGCAUAGUCUGUCGUUUUUGUGUUGGCGUAAAUAUUCAAGUUUAUCUUCGUCACUGUUUUGUUGAGAGCUAUGGACAGUGUUGGAUCAAAACAAGAGAUGGAAAAUAGGAACGCAGCCAAAGCACAAGGGAAAUGUUAUGACUUAACCCAAAUGAAAGAAAAACUAUUGGAAACAGAGAAGCCAUCUAUUUCUGCAUUUCAAGCUAGUUUGCUUGCUGAUGCAGAUGUUGCUAAAAAAGUAGCAAAUGCUCUUCAUACAAAGAAUACUGCUAACUUUGUUACCUUAAUUCAAAAUUGUUCUGGUGUUGUGUUGACGUCUGGCAUAGGGAAAUCAGGCAUUGUUGCUGAGCGAUUGUCCGCCUCAUUGGCCUCAACAGGAACUCCUUCCCAUUAUGUCCAUGCUGCGGAAUGGACCCAUGGAGACCUGGGGAGAGUUUGUAAUGGUGACAUUGUUGUGUUUCUAUCACACAGUGGUAACACAAAGGAAUGUGUUGCUGCAGCAGAGCUCAUGAAAGAUCGUGGAAUUCCUGUUUUGUCUAUUGUUGGAAAAUAUGAUUGUGGUCUCCGAGCAUGGUCGGAUGCAUUGAUUAAUUAUGAAGUAGCUGGACCAAUUCAAGAUUCCACUGGGGGUGCACCAACUAGGAGUAUUGUGGUACAGGAAAUGAUUGUUAAUGCUAUUGAAUGCGAGCUGAUGGAGCGAAGAAAUUUCACAAAAGCAGACUUUUUGCAUAAUCAUCCAGGUGGCUCUCUUGGAAAGAAGUUAAUGCGUGAACAAAUCCAAAAAGAAUGAACAUUGACUGUAAAUUAUGUAGUAAUGCAUGUAGCAGUGUUGUGAAUGCUGUUUAUAACGUAUAUAUAUAUAUAUAUCCUGUAGUUUCUUUCCAUCUUUCAGAAUUAUAUUUUGUUUAUGUUGCA